AUGGCCUUCCACUUGCUCCGAUUUGCCGUGCUCGCCAGCCUGUUGAGCCCUGCCUGGGCAGGCGAGCCAUACCCGGAGCGCGAACAAGUCUGCGUCGCGGCCUGCGAGCACACCCUCGACAAGCAAACUUUCGUUUCGAUAUCAGACCGCGACGCCGAAGCCGAAGCGCAGCCCUGCAACAGUCAUCUCCACGCAGAGUCGCUGUACGUUUGCGCCCAGCAAUACUGUGAGCAACGGGACCUCCAGCCUGGCUGGGAUUUCCUCAACCACAUCUGCAAGCAUGAGGGAUACCCUGCACUCCCGCCGCUCUCGAGCUUCUCCGGCGUCUCUGCAGCCGCGGCGAAGCCCAUCAACGCGACCUCGAAGGGCAAGAAGCUCAACACCACCGUCCUCGCCGAUGCCAAGUUCUGGGACCUGGUCCUCGAGAGCACUACGGCUCGGGCACAGGCCCGGUGGACCAACCGCAGCCACCAGGAAGCUAUCUACAUCUUCUGGGGCAUCAUCAUGGGCCUCGCCACGGUCUUCAACCUCGGGUCCAGGUUCUCCGUCGACCCCCCUGCCUUUGCGACACGAAUCCUCCGCCCGGUCCGAGCAAACCUCAGCAUACCGCCCUUGUUCACGAGACAAACACAAGCGGUCCCCUCGAGACUCGAAGCCCUCAUCAUCGUCGCUUUCUUCGUGCUCAGCCUCAUACUAUGUGCAGUCACUAUCGAGCCAUUCCCUAAGAGCUGGAUCUAUGUCAGCUUCAAGAAGGACGCUGAAGCACAGAUACUGUCGCUCAUCGCCCGACGAUGCAGUGAUAUGGCGAUAGCAAAUCUCGCUAUCAUAUGGCUGUUCAGCAUGAGGAACAACCCUCUCAUCCUACUCACGGGAUGGAGUUUCGCGACCUUCAACCAGUUCCACCGAUGGAUCGCCCGCAUCACAUUCCUCGAGAUAGUGGUGCACGCGUGUGUGUUCACCAAGUACCAAUUUGUCAAGGGCGGUUUGGCGAGAUACAAAUACAUUUACCAGAACCUUCAGUGGUGGGUCAUGGCUGUGGUGGCUCUUGUCUUCUUCUCUCUGACAGUGGGCCUCGCGGCCGCUCCGUUGCGUGCCAAGUUCUACGACAGCUUCCUGGUGAUGCACGUCCUGCUGGCUGUGGUCUUCUUCUCGACAUUAUGGUUCCAUGUCGAGGAGCAAUACUUUCUGCAGUACCUCUGGCCUAUCGUGGCCAUCUGGCCCCUUGAGCGCCUGUUGAGGCUUGUCAGGCUCCUCAUCACGGGUGCCAAGGGAAUGGUGACAGUCUCAACUGACAGCUCGGCUGGCUUGUUGAGAAUCGACGCCUCGAGCAUUUUUGGCAAGCGACGACCUGCACCUGGCAGUACUUACUACAUCUACUCUCCAACCCGACUCCCGUUCUACCAAUCUCACCCUUUUACAUUGGUUGCCUUUCCCAGUCUCACGGCGGCAAACACAACACCGAGCGUCGAAGGGGAGAAGCGGACAGAAAAUCUGACAGUGCAGCCAGUAGCUACUCAGUCUGAACAGCUGAAUUACCGCUUCCUCAUUGCUCCGCAGAAGGGGUUCACCAAGCGUCUCAAUGACUCCGCGGCAAAGGAUACAAGUAGCAACGAGGAAGAGCUGUCAUGGCAACGUCUCCCAGUACUCUUGGAAGGUCCAUACCAAGAGGCAUCACACACGAUCAACUUCCAUUCCUGCAAAGACAUGCUCCUAGUGGUUGGUGGAAGCGGGAUUUCGGUGGGACUGUCGUCCAUCUACAAGGCUCUGUCCAUCCCUGAGGUAUCGAGGGUUACGUUGGUCUGGUCGGUCAGGAAGCGGGGGAUGAUACAAUCAGUGGCAAACGAGGAGUUACAGGUCGCACUGAGAGACUCGAGGUUUACUCUCAAGGGGCAUGUCACAAAAGAUCCCGUGGACGAAACCAAGGAGCCUCCCCGCGAGCAGCCAUACGCUUUAACCCAUGCAAGACCUGAUGUGGCCGCCGUCAUCCAAGACCAUGCGGCCAAUGGCAGUGGAAGACUUGGAAUCAUUGCUUGUGGUCCCCAAGGCAUGCUUAUUGAGGCAAGAAAGGCUGCUGCAAUAGUUCUGGGGACCAAGACGCGGGACGUGGACGUUUCGGUUGCAAGCUUUGGGAAAUAUUACCAGGGUCAGCGGACAGUUCUCGGAAAAGCAUAUACCGCGCAGCCAGUUGCAGAUGCGAAGCUCCAGUACGCCACCGCCUUGAGGGUUUUCAACACUGACCCGGAGCGAGACGUGGCAGUCGAUGUCGUUGGCAUCUCGGCCGCUCGGAGCACGCAAUCGAUACGUCCCAAGUUCUCCGACGACAGCUUUGUCAACUCGCGGAGCGCUAAGCACAGCCUCGUGACCGCCGUGGAGAAGGCGACGGAUGAGAUGCACAGCUCUCCCGGUGUUCUCCCGAACACGCGGCACCGCUUCUUCUGCGGCUCCAGGGCCUCACGGUGGCCGAUCAAUAGCUGCAUCCGCGUUCCACCGCGAUGGUUCUCCUGGAACGUCCAUGCGCGAGACCACCAGUUUGUCCUUAGUAAUGUCGCUGGCGAGCAACAGGGCCUUCUCCGCAAGUUGAAGUUCAGUCCCUGCCGACAAUAA